AUGCUGAAAGUGCUGGUCCACGAACGCAUCCAGAUUUUGAAAUAGAAUCACAACAGUUCCAAGUUCAAUUGAGAAAAGCCGGCUUCUUAAAUAAAGAUAAUCGUUAUAUUGAAAGUUUAGACGGAUAUAAUAAAUUGAGUGAAGAAAUGAAAUCAUUUAGUAUUAUAGCUCAAACUCAACGUAUAAAUUACAUCAAAGAAAAAUUAAGUUCAAAGAAACAAUUAGUUACCCGUUCCAUUCCUGUUACAAUUGAUGAAGCAUAA